AUGAGACUCCCACCGCCCUCCACGCCCACCCAACUUCUACGUCUUCGAUUGACGAGAUCCGCUCUUUCCAGACCCAACACUGUAUUACCCCUUGCUACGUGUCCUUCGAGUCGACCUGUUAGCACCAAAGCUACUAGGGCAGCGGCGAUCACUCCAGGUCCUCGGAUCCAAUCCCUCCUUUCCCCCUCUUCCACCGCUACCACCACCACCACCACCACCACCACCAUAACCGCCGCCUUCUUCAGUCGCAACAACCUCUCAACUUGUACUACCAUCCCUACAACUACACCCAUUGUUCUUCGUGCUUCAGUAACCGGUCUCGGUCUCCUCUUUGUCCUCGGUUUAGGUCUCGGCUACGGUAUCACCGGUUUCCUCGGUCAGAAUUCCACCGAACAACAGGAACUUUCCACAAUUAUCGAAAAGAACAUCCAAGAUCUCCUCGACGAAACUACCACAGAAAUGUCUGGAGAAAUCGCCCCCGGCCGCCCCGGCAACCUCACCCCCGAGCAAGAGGAAAAGCUCAAGCAGCUAUGGAAGCUGAUCUUCCAAGUCUGCGGCGUCUCCUCCGACCCCAAUGCUUCUGCCCCCGAGGCCGCCCCCGCUGCUCACGUUGCUGCUUCCUCCUCGGACGCCGCGAGCAUCAAGGGCGAGAAGAAGAAGAGCAAGCUUAACAUGUUCUCGCGCAAGCACAAGAAGGACUCGGACGAAACCAACGCCUCCUCCGAAACCGCCUCCACAGCCUCGGGCUCCGUGCCCGCCUCGCCCGCCAUCGUCCUGAACUCCAGCACCACCUCGGGCGACGACGACAAGUACAACCAACUGUCCAAGUUCCACGAGACGCUGGCGAACCAAUCGCCCGCCAACAUCCGCGAAACGAUCUGGUCCAUGGUCAAGCACGACCACCCGGACGCCUUGGUGCUGCGCUUCCUGCGCGCGCGCAAGUGGGACGUGGAGAAGGCACUGGUCAUGCUCAUCUCGACCAUGAACUGGCGACACAACGAGAUGCGCGUGGACGCGGACAUUAUGCGCACGGGCGAGGGCGGGGCGGUGGCGGACGAGAAGAUGGAUGCGAAGACAUCGGAAGAAAUUGCCAAGAAGAAGCUGGCGAUUGAUUUCUUGACCCAGACGAGGAUGGGCAAGAGUUAUGUCCAUGGCGUGGAUAAGCAGGGGAGGCCGAUCUGCUAUGUCAGGGUCAGGCUGCAUAGGCAGGGUGAGCAGAGCGAGGAGAGUCUGGAGAGGUAUACGGUUUAUUUGAUUGAGACUUGUCGCAUGUUGUUGCAGGGGGGUGUUGAUACUGCUACCAUCGUCUUCGACAUGACCGGCUUCUCCAUGGCCAAUAUGGACUACACACCGGUCAAGUUCAUGGUCAAGUGUUUCGAGGCCAACUACCCCGAAUGCUUGGGUGCCGUGUUGGUGCACAAGGCACCAUGGAUUUUCCAGGGCAUCUGGCGCGUCAUCCGCGGCUGGCUCGACCCCGUCGUCGCCAACAAGGUGCACUUCACCAACAACAUCUCGGAAAUGUCCGAGUUCAUCUCGCCCGACAAGGUGCCCAAAGACCUCGAUGGCCAGGAGGACUGGGAUUACAAGUACGUCGAGCCCGUCCCGGGCGAGAACGACAAGAUGAAGGACACGGAAACCCUCAACAGGCUGCAGGCCGCGCGCGCCGAGCUCGUCAAGGAGUACGAGGAGGCUACGCUGCGGUGGAUACAGGCUGGUAAUGGCAAUAGCAGCCCUGAACUUAAAAAGAAGAGGGACGAGAUUGCCGAGAAGCUGAGGGUGGAUUAUUGGCAGCUGGACCCCUACAUCAGGGCUAGGAGCUUUUAUGAUCGCAUUGGCGUGCUGUUGCCGGGUGGAAAGCUGGAUCCGUAUCUUCAGAGCAAGAAGGAUGGUGUCAGCGGGAUAACGGAGAGUGUGGCCAAGGUGGGGGUGAACGACACGCAGGCUGAUGAUGUUGAUUAA